GCCAGCAGCCCCUGCCUUCGACAGUGCAGCAUUCCCCUCGGCCAAGGGAACCGGGCGCACGGGUAGAUGCGCAAUCUCUCUGCCCAAGGCCCGGUGAUGUGGUUGCUGGGCCGAGUGUCGGCGGGAUCCAAUGAAAGUGGCAUGGUCUGUUCCAUCCAAGGGGAGUUGAGGUUUGUCGUGACUCGUGCGUAUGGAUACCAACACCAGGCCGCAGGUGGCCCCAGCACCGGGAAUUGCGGCAUACCGAUGGGGUGUGUGCAUGGAUGUGGGGCCCGCACCCGUCUGCGCACUUCUGGGGCGCACAGUGCCCCACGGCUGGCCGCAAGGCAGUACUUGAUUGCAGGGGCGCGCCUACCAUCCCGAGGCGGCCUUUCAACUUCGGCUUGCACGCAUAGACACACCACACACCAUCAUCAUACUGGCGGCUUGCAACGGAGGCACGCCCACGUCGACGCGCGUAGGCAGUCGAAUAACGUUCCGGCCGCCUCCGUGACAAAUUCGGAGAACUCGUGCGACUACGUUCCUCCACAAGCAACACAAAGAAAACGGGCCAUCUGGCCUGUGGGCUUGCCGGGUCCAGGGGUUGUGAAAUUCCUUACACUUGGUCGAUUCACCAGGAUUGCACUGCUCGUCCGUCGUCAGAGAGAGGGGAACGCGUCGCCCGGGUUAAGCCGUCGUCCUGGUGUAUAUCCACGAUCGUCGCUUCUCUACUGGCACGCUUUCAAUCAUUCGAACGGAGGCAUCUGAGAAGCACUUUUGAGUAGGAGGGAGUCCGCCACCUCGUUGUGUUAGCAUGCCAACACGCUCCGUCUGCCCUGCCCUGGAUCGGGCGCACUCCAUCGCUCUGACUGUCAUCGCGCCCGACCCCAACCGCAAGGCAUACUCCAUGUUCCUUCAGCUUCCGUGGUGUUUGGUAUCCUGGCGCGAAGUUCUCGGCUACCCCGACGUGCUCAGGAAAGCUGCAGGGUGGCUGCAAGGGUUACGUGGCCCUGGGCUCCGAGUGUGCAACUGAAGCUGCUGGCACCUCCAGUGUGGUCGAGAUCUUAUGAAAAGUAGCAAGCCUUCCCCAUUGGCUAGGCAUGGCUGCCCAGUCAUGCCCAGUGGUCCCAUGCGUCCAAGCUGAGUGAGCACACUGAGCCAGUUGCCACGACGCACGCGCUGGCUCGGAUCGUCAAAAGGAACGGGGAAAGAGUUGCGCAUGAGAGCUCGAGUGCCGCCCGACAAUC